AUGCGCAACACCAGCCAGGUUAUGAGGAUGCUAGCUGUACCAGGGAACACAGUUUCAGCCGAGGAGAAGAGCAUUCGUGAAGAGCUGGAGGAAGAGAUAGAGAGGGAUCUAGAACAAGAGAUCAUCGACCAAAUGUUUCGACUCACUCGUCGCUUGCAGAGUCUGUAUCAGCACAAGGAUAGGAGAGAACUUAUUAAUGGCUCACCCAGUUACAUUUACCAGUGGCCUACAACAAAUGCAAUUCUUUCUGAGAUGAACAUCAGUGUCAGGUUGGAUGGGCAAUGCAGAAUCGACAUAACUAAGGUUGAGCAACAUGCUGAUCCCGUUCAAGUGAGGUCGUGGCCCGAUACUGAUCCACCUGAGAAAAGGAAGGGAUCUCCGAUGAGAAAGCGGGGGAUACGGUUUAUCUCAGCAAGCAACAAAACCAUCCAGUUGUGCCCUGGAGAUAAGUAA